AUGUCUUCCACCACCACCACCACUACACACACUAUCUCUCUCGGGAGCUCUGGGGAUAAGAAUGCACAGUCCACGCCCGAGGUCAAGCCGGCUAGUGCUGCACCAGCAGGUCUCGGUGCCUGUGGCACAGGAGGUUAUCCGGUGCCUGGUAUGCCCAAAUUCGAUGAUCUCUACAAGAAGCGGCAGUGGCAGUUGGAGCACAUGGCCGGUGCGUUCCGGGUGUUCGCUCGCAAAGGAUAUACUGAAGGCACCGCCGGCCACAUCAGUGUUCGCGAUCCCAUCGACCCUAAUACCUUCUGGAUCAACCCUCUGGGAGUACACUUCGGCAUGCUGAAAGCCGAGGACAUGGUUCAUGUGAACGAGGAAGGCCAGGUCAUCGGUGGCAACAAGGUAGCCGUAAACGCUGCUGGCUUCAUGAUUCACAGUGCGAUCCACAAGGCUCGACCAGACAUCAAUGCGGCCUGCCACGCCCAUUCACCCGCCGGAAAGGCGUGGUCGACUUUUGGCCGCCCCGUGGAGAUUCUGAACCAGGAUAGCUGCACCUUCUACGGUAUCCAAACCGUGUAUAAUUCCUUUGGUGGUGUUGUCCUCGAAGCUGAGGAGGGCCAACGGCUUGCCGAGGCUUUGGGCGAAAAGGGAAGAGUCGCUAUUCUACAGAACCACGGACUUUUGACUGCGGGAGGCACUGUGGACGAGGCUGCUUACCUUUUCACGUCCUUGGAGCGAACCUGUGAGGUUCAGCUCAUGGUUGAAAGUGCCAAGCUACCAAAGAACAUUGUUGGCGACAAGGAAGCCGAAUAUACUGCCAACGUCAACGCAGACCCAGAAACUCUCUACUAUGAAUUCCAAACGGACUUGAACUAUGAGAUCUGGAAGUCGAAUGGAGAGCUCAGCCAGGGCCUGUAA